CUCUCACUGUAGUCGAAUACCCGAAGACUGCAGAGUUGAACUAUUCUCUUCCACAUCAAAGCGCGCGCAUUAUCCGCUCCGGUGCUGAGCCGUCACUGCUACCAAUACGAGCUACACAAUCUACAGUGUACUCUGGAAAACAAAAGGAGACGAUGAGAAGUGGCUUGCUUUUGGCGAUUCUGGCCGUUAUGAUGACAAUCCGAUCAUGCCAGUCCAGCUGCGAGGAGCAGGAACCGCACAAGCUGGAGUCGGAGGAGAGGCCAGGUUUUUCCAACUUUCCGCGUGGCAUUCUGAAGAGAUAUAACGGUAUAGACUAUGACAGCUUCGUGGGCCUUAUGGGCAGGAGAAGCGCCGGUUCAAAUGACUUACCCCCUCCACAGAAAAGAGAUAUGCAUGAUUUCUUUGUUGGUCUGAUGGGUCGGAGGAGUUCAGACUCAGGGAGCGUGCGGCCGUGGAGGAGCGAGAGCCCAGGGCGGACAGGCAGAUUCUUCUUUAACAAGUGCAAGCUGAGGUUUCGGCGCGGUGUGUAGACCGGUCCCAACAGCUCUGGACGAUUCUCAUCGGAAACGUCUUGGCACACUGCCUAGUUUGCUCCUUUUUUUGGUUCCAGAUUUCAGAUGUCAUUACGUGCAGCGAAAAAGAAGAGCUUCUUUUGGGGAGGGAGGAAGGAAGGACUGCAGGACUAAAACUCGAUGCGGAAUUUGCUAGAAGCUCGUUUACACGACUGCAGACUGGUAGCAAAAGGUGUCUGAGAUCUGUAUAUAUUUUUGUAUGUAACAGAUUUUAUCUGAAAACACAAAGAUGAUAUCUGCAGUAAUAUCCAUCCAAAUACCUUUUUCUUCAAAAAUGUUCAAUAACAAUACAUUUUUGUAAAUAAACAAGCUAUUUAAUUUAUUUUGACUUAUUUACAUAACAAUGGAGCUAAAUUGAAUAUGUAGAAGUGUGGCUGGUGACUUUGACCUGGAUUAAUUACAGGAUUCCAUGGAA